UCUCUCUGCGUCUGUGAGGUCCCAGGACGCUCCGUUUAAGAGCUCAGCCAUGGUUGCCGCCGAAGUAAUGCCCGAGACAAACCUCCAGAGUGUCUCUCUAAUGGCAAAGGACCACACUUUGUCUUCCCCCAGAAGAUUGGAAGGAAAAGUGGCUAUAGUGACCGGAGGAGCGAGAGGAAUAGGGGAAGCAACGGUAAGAUUGUUCGUGAAGCAAGGAGCCAAAGUUGUGAUCGCCGACGUUGAAGACGCACUUGGAUCUUUACUUGCAGAGGCAUUAUCUCCUUCAGCCACGUUCUUCCACUGUGAUGUCAGCUCCGAAGACGACGUGGAAAGCUUAGUGAAAUCCACAAUCUCUCGGUACGGCCAGCUCGAUAUAAUCUUCAACAAUGCCGGGAUGUUAGGAAACCAGUCAAAGAACAAGAGCAUCGUCAACUUCGACUCCGACGAGUUCGACCGAGUCAUGCGAGUGAACGUGAAGGGUGUGGCUCUCGGAAUCAAGCACGCGGCGAGAGUGAUGAUUCCCCGGCUAUCUGGGUGCAUCAUAUCGACGUCAAGCGUCGCCGGAGUUAUGGGAGGACUCGGUCCUCAUGCUUACACAGCUUCAAAGCACGCCAUAGUUGGGCUCACGAAGAACACAGCUUGUGAGCUGGGGAAAUAUGGGAUUCGGGUUAACUGUAUAUCGCCAUUCGGGGUGGCGACUUCGAUGCUGGUGAAUGCGUGGAGAAGCGGAGACGACGGAGAAGAUGAAGCAAGUCUGAACUUUGGGUUGCCAGUGGAAGAGGAAGUGGAGAAGAUGGAGGAGUUCGUGAGAGGAUUGGCGAAUUUGAAAGGGACAACGUUGAAGGCGAAGGAUAUUGCAGAAGCUGCACUUUAUCUCGCGAGUGAUGAAUCAAAGUAUGUAAGUGGCCAUAAUCUGGUGGUUGAUGGUGGAAUCACCACUUCAAGAAAUUGUGUUGGCCUCUAAUCUUAGUUUUGAUUAAUUUAGCUUUGGAUUAGACCUAUCUUUAGUUGUAAUAUAUGCUUUCAAUUAUUACUUUAUAUAUAGCUCUCUGCUAUCUUCCCCCUAAGAGGGAAACAUUCACUGUGGUUUUAGUUGGUCAUGUUUUAUUUUUAUAGUUGUGGUUCAACAUGUAAAGGACUUGUUUAGGAUGUUGAUCUUUUGGUAUUG